AUGGAAAUGGCUGGUGGAUCAACGGUACAGGCAGUACCACAGCCAGAUGCAGAUUGUGAAUUUGUGAUCUCCUCAUUCGAGCAAGCGGCAGGAAUCGGCUGUGCAAGAACAUACACAGCCCUUGCCUUACAGACGAUCUCAAAGCAGUUCCAUUGCUUGAAAGAUGCAAUAACGGGCCAAAUUCGAUCUGCAAAUAAGAGUUUGGGCGAAGAAGAUUGCUUGGGAGGGAAGAUUGAAGGCUCAAGACUCAAAUAUGUUGAUCAUCAGCUUAGGCAGCAACGAACUCUCCAACAAUAUCCCAAGGACUCAGCCAAGCACAUGCUUGCAAAGCAGACUGGUCUAACUAGGAGCCAGGUGUCUAAUUGGUUCAUCAAUGCUCGAGUUCGGCUAUGGAAGCCAAUGGUGGAGGAGAUGUAUAUAGAGGAACUGAAGGAGCAAGAGCAGAAUGGAUCAGAGGACAAAACAAGCAAGAGCAAUGAAGAUUCAGCAUCAAAGAACAGUACUGCUCAGCAUGAGAAAAGUCCUGCUACUGAACAUCAAGCCAAAAGCUUCAAUUCCAAACAUGACAACUCUGCAAACCAGAAUAGUGGUCCUGCAACCUCAAUUUCAAGAGCUUCAACAUCCCCAGUCGGAAGAAAUGUUCAGAACCAUUCCGGAUUCUGUCUGAUUGGGUCGUCGAAAUUGAAGGGGAUCACACAAGGAAGUCCCAAGAAACGGAGGAGCAAUCAAAUGCUGCAUUCUCCAAGCAGUGUGCCACCAAUAAGCUACAUGGAUAUCAAGCCGAAUGCAGCAGACAACGAGCAAAUUUCUAUGAAAUUCGGUGAUAUUGAGAGGCAGAGCAGAGAUGGGUACUCUUUCGUGGGGAGCCAAAAAGAACUUAACUGGAGGUUUUGGGCGAUACCAAUUGGGGAAAUUGGAAGGUUUGAUCCUGAGCAGUUUGCAGCACCAAGGAACCCAUCACACAUUUCUCCCAAACCUGAACAUUCAAUUGGGAAGAAGAGUAGACUACAUGCGUGA